GGUUCGUCUGAGCUUAAGCCUUGCAGCAGAACUUCCUUCUCGCUCCUCUCUCUGGCUUUGAUCCUCACUGAACGCCAGACCAGAAGCCCUGAAGGGAGGGAGGAUGAGAGAUGACCGGCCCUUUGGCAACCUGACCAUCUUCUUAGCAGAGCCUUGGAAAGCAAGCCAGGGGCUGACUGCACGCCCAAAGAAGCACCGAGUCUCUCCUGGAAGUGUGUGUGUGUGUGUGUGUGUGUGUGUGUGUGUGUGUAUGAGCGGGUGUGAGUGAGGGUGUGUGUGCAUUGUGACUGUGUGUGCAUGUCCAGAUGAGUGUGCGAGUGCACGCGUGAGUGAGUGUGUAUGUGAGUGAGUGUUCUUGGUUAUUGUUUUUUGGAAGAAAAACCUUGAAAAUCUGGGGCAGGUUACUGUGCUCGUAGAGUGGUGGUUCUUUUGCAAGAGGAGCUGACCAGACUGAGCUACUGGAGACAUUUUUCAGCAAGUAAAGAACAUUUUCUUUCCAGAAGGAGAGAGAUUUCUCCCUUGGCUCUGCAGCAAGUAAAAGAGAUUAGCCCCUAAACCUGUGAAAUCGACCAGAGCCGUGUGAUUACCAGGGCUUGAGAGAGAAUAUAGGAAGAAAAAGAGAAAUAAAUUAGCUUGUCAGUGCCUUUGGCCACGUUGGAAGAUGUCAUCUCAAACUAAGUUCAAGAAAGACAAAGAGAUCAUUGCCGAUUAUGAAGCCCAAAUAAAAGAGAUCCGCACGCAGCUGGUGGAGCAGUUCAAAUGCUUGGAGCAGCAAUCAGAGUCUCGACUGCAGCUGCUACAGGACCUCCAGGAGUUUUUCCGCCGGAAAGCUGAGAUAGAGCUUGAGUAUUCUCGAAGCCUGGAGAAGCUGGCUGAGCGGUUCUCCUCCAAGAUCCGCAGCUCCCGGGAACACCAGUUCAAGAAGGACCAGUACCUCCUCUCACCGGUGAACUGCUGGUAUCUGGUUCUGCAUCAGACCAGGCGGGAGAGCCGAGACCAUGCCACCCUCAAUGACAUCUUCAUGAAUAAUGUCAUCGUCCGCCUUUCACAGAUCAGUGAGGAUGUCAUCAGACUCUUCAAAAAGAGCAAGGAGAUUGGCCUGCAGAUGCACGAGGAGCUCCUGAAGGUCACCAAUGAGCUCUACACAGUCAUGAAAACCUACCACAUGUACCACGCGGAGAGCAUCAGUGCAGAGAGCAAGCUGAAGGAGGCUGAGAAGCAGGAGGAGAAGCAGUUCAACAAGGCUGGAGAGCUCAGCAUGAACCUGCUCCGCCAUGAGGACCGGCCCCAGCGCCGCAGCUCUGUGAAGAAGAUUGAGAAGAUGAAGGAGAAGAGGCAGGCGAAGUACUCUGAGAACAAGCUGAAGUGCACGAAGGCCCGAAAUGACUACUUGCUGAAUCUGGCUGCCACCAACGCAGCUAUAAGCAAAUACUACAUCCAUGAUGUCUCCGACCUAAUCGACUGCUGUGAUUUGGGCUUUCAUGCCAGCCUGGCCCGCACCUUCCGGACCUACCUCUCCGCUGAGUACAACCUGGAGACCUCUCGCCACGAGGGGCUGGAUGUCAUUGAGAAUGCGGUGGACAACCUGGAUUCCCGAAGUGACAAGCACACUGUCAUGGACAUGUACAACCAGGUCUUCUGUCCUCCACUCAAGUUUGAGUUCCAGCCCCACAUGGGGGAUGAGGUGUGCCAAGUCAGUGCUCAGCAGCCUGUCCAGACAGAAUUACUCAUGCGGUACCACCAGCUGCAGUCCAGACUGGCCACUCUCAAGAUAGAGAAUGAGGAGGUGAGAAAAACCCUGGAUGCCACCAUGCAGACUUUACAGGACAUGCUGACUGUGGAGGACUUUGAUGUCUCUGACGCCUUCCAACAUAGUCGGUCUACAGAGUCUGUGAAGUCGGCUGCCUCUGAGACCUACAUGAGCAAGAUCAACAUUGCCAAGAGGAGAGCCAACCAGCAGGAAACAGAAAUGUUUUAUUUUACGAAAUUUAAAGAAUAUGUGAAUGGCAGUAACCUCAUCACUAAGCUGCAAGCCAAGCACGACUUACUCAAGCAGACCCUGGGUGAAGGGGAGAGAGCAGAAUGUGGCACAACCAGGCCCCCCUGUCUUCCCCCUAAACCACAGAAAAUGAGGAGACCUAGGCCUCUCUCAGUGUGUAGCCAUAAACUAUUUAACGGCUGUAUGGAAACGUUCAUUAAGGAUUCGGGACAAGCUAUACCACUUGUAGUUGAGAGCUGCAUCCGAUACAUCAAUUUAUACGGACUCCAGCAGCAAGGGAUCUUCAGAGUGCCGGGAUCUCAGGUCGAGGUCAAUGACAUCAAAAAUUCCUUUGAGAGAGGUGAGGACCCUCUUGUGGAUGAUCAAAAUGAACGAGAUAUCAAUUCAGUCGCUGGUGUUUUAAAACUGUAUUUCCGAGGACUGGAAAACCCACUCUUUCCUAAGGAAAGGUUUCAAGAUUUGAUAUCUACUAUUAAACUGGAGAGCCCAGCUGAGAGGGUGCAUCAGAUCCAACAAAUCCUCAUCACCCUUCCCCGCGUGGUCAUCGUGGUCAUGAGAUAUCUCUUCGCUUUCCUCAACCACCUCUCGCAGUAUAGUGAUGAGAACAUGAUGGAUCCCUACAACCUGGCCAUCUGCUUCGGGCCCACCCUCAUGCACAUUCCUGAUGGGCAGGACCCUGUGUCCUGCCAGGCACACGUCAACGAAGUCAUCAAAACCAUCAUCAUUCAUCAUGAAGCCAUCUUCCCCAGCCCCCGGGAGCUAGAGGGACCCGUGUAUGAAAAAUGCAUGGCUGGAGGGGAAGAAUAUUGUGAUAGCCCGCACAGUGAGCCAGGGACCAUUGAUGAAGUUGACCACGACAAUGGCACUGAACCUCACACCAGUGAUGAAGAAGUGGAACAAAUUGAGGCCAUCGCCAAGUUUGACUAUGUGGGGCGGUCCCCGCGUGAGCUGUCCUUCAAGAAGGGGGCCUCGCUGCUCUUGUACCACCGCGCCUCAGAGGACUGGUGGGAGGGGCGUCACAACGGCGUGGAUGGACUCAUCCCACAUCAGUACAUAGUCGUACAGGACAUGGAUGACGCCUUCUCCGACAGCCUGAGCCAAAAGGCGGACAGCGAGGCCAGCAGUGGGCCGCUGCUGGAUGACAAGGCCUCCUCCAAAAACGACCUCCAGUCCCCCACGGAGCACAUCUCGGAUUACGGCUUUGGGGGGGUGAUGGGCCGGGUUGUCUCUGCCCCAUGCCCCCGCCCCCGGCUCCUUUGCAGAGUGCGGUUACGAUCUGAUGGAGCAGCUAUCCCCAGGCGCCGAAGUGGGGGCGACACGCACAGCCCGCCCCGGGGCCUGGGCCCCAGCAUAGACACGCCGCCCCGGGCCGCCGCCUGCCCCAGCAGCCCUCACAAAAUCCCCCUCACGCGGGGCAGGAUCGAAAGCCCAGAGAAACGGAGGAUGGCGACGUUCGGGAGCGCCGGGAGCAUCAACUACCCUGACAAGAAGGCGCUCUCCGAAGGGCACUCGAGGUCGACGUGCGGCUCCACCAGGCACAGCAGUCUGGGGGACCACAAGUCCCUGGAGGCUGAGGCCCUGGCAGAAGACAUCGAGAAGACCAUGAGCACGGCUCUGCACGAGCUGCGGGAACUCGAGAGGCAGAACACGGUCAAGCAGGCGCCAGAUGUGGUGCUGGACACCCUGGAGCCCCUGAAGAACCCGCCGGGCCCCAUCAGUUCAGAGCCCGCCAGCCCCUUGCACACCAUCGUCAUCCGCGACCCCGACGCCGCUAUGCGCCGCAGCAGCAGCUCCUCCACUGAGAUGAUGACCACCUUUAAGCCAGCCCUGUCCGCCCGUCUGGCUGGCGCCCAGCUGCGCCCGCCCCCCAUGCGGCCUGUGCGGCCGGUGGUCCAGCAUCGGUCCAGCAGCAGCAGCAGCUCAGGUGUGGGCAGCCCGGCCGUGACGCCCACCGAGAAGAUGUUCCCCAACAGCUCAGCGGACAAAUCAGGCACUAUGUGACCAACAGGUUGGGGUGGCACUGCCCUGGCUCACGGUGGCGCACUACGGCCAAGGGUGGCCUCUGUGACUUCCGCGUCCUUCCCAGUGCUCCUGGCCUUGUCCAGCAGAGACCAGAACGUAGGCCUGAAAGAACGUCUAUGCAGAGCUGCGGCCCUGGCGCCAGCCACAGCUGGCAUCCAGCCCUCAGGGGGGUAAAUGGAGGCCCAGAGGAGAGCGAGAGCGGGAGCAGGAGCGGCCCCAACAGAGCGUUUCCUAAGAUUAUGGCAAAAUGUUAAAUGGCUUUGCCUGCAUAUCAUCACUGGAAAACUAUUCUCUCGACAUUCUCUCUACAUACAUAAAUAUGUGUGUGUGUAUAUAUGCGUGUGUACAUAUAUACACAUAUAUGUAUGUAUGUGUCUGUAGGUGUGUGUGUAUAUAUAUAUUUAUGCAUCUAUAUACAUAUAGUAGAUCUGGACACUCAUACUAAAUGUAUAUAGAAUCUCCUUUUUCUUUUUAUGAAACUUAGAUUUACCUCAGACCCAUGCCACCAAACAUCUCCCGCUGCGAUUUGGUGGGAUUUGCAGGGACUUUUCUGGGAGAAUCUCGAGGCCCACAGCAGCUGCGAAUGAAGCAAUAUUACCACUAACCUGCAGAAAAACAAAACCAGGCUCCCACUGUCUCUAGAAGUCGUGGCCUUCCAAAACAGUCUGCCCCUAAAUGAAGGGUGGGGCAGGCAGCGCCCCAAACAGGCUGCUCCUCGAGGUGGGAACCCUGCACAGACCCCCCCAUCCAGCCCAGAGACCCUGCCUUUCCACCUGAAGGCCAAGGGCCAACUACACCCCGAAGGCAUGGGAGGACGUUGGUGAGAAGCCCCCUGACCACAGCAUCCUGGUGUGUGUGUGUGUGUGAGAAGAGGGGACAGUGAGAGCCCACGCCCCGCCGUAGCACAGUGUUAUGUGUGCUUGGGAAAAAGGGAAAAAAUAAAACUGCAGUGGUACGGAACACCUCAAACCUAGAAAUGCUGUGGGGAUAAUUCUGGUAACUAUAGAGGUUUAACUUAUACAAUUUUCAAAAUAUUUAAUUUCUUCUUUUCCUCUUUCUACUAAGUAUACUGUGUCAGAUUUAGAACUAAACAGGCAAAGAGGCUUUGAAUCCCAUCGUCCUAAUUGAAAAUCAGUCUGUGACGCACUUUGGCUAGCACCCUCUUGCACGAAGUGCAUGAACCAUAAGUGCCCAGCUCAGACCAGGGCCGAGGAGGGGCGAUCCUUGGCACUCUCUGUCCUAGACUAUGCUUCAGUUGAGUGGAUGCAAGUGAAAUAGCUUCCCCCUCCCUCCCCUUCCCUUUCCUUUCCACCCCCUGCAUCCUCCAAAGCAUUUAACAUCGUUGAAAGUAGAGUGAAAGAAUUGUGUGUGAUCGUCAAGUAUUAUCAGCAAGGCUUUCAACUCUUGGCUGGAAAAAGGCCUCUGGAUCAGCCUCAUUUGGUUCUAUUUGACUUCCUUUUUGGAUCUCUUGGUUUUCCAGCGAUGGCUGUUUCUGAAUAAUGGAACACAGGUGAACCAGAUUCUAAUGGGACCACUUCUAGUCUUGGCCUGCAUGCAAAGCCAAGAGUUUCCUCCCUGUUGUUCUCAAGCUCAUCUCUCUCUUUCUCAAGGCCUUUGAAUGUGUCCAUGGCUUUGGUUUAGUCAGAAGUCCCGUGUUUGAGUCCCAGCCUCCACCGCUUGGGAUCUGUGGGACUCUGGGCAUGUCUCUGCACCUCACUGAGCCCCAGUUUCCUGCUCCAUAAAAAUGAAGAUAGUAAAGAUAACGUGUAAGUGAGUAAGCUGUUUAAAGUAGAAAGCACUGUGCCAACAUGAUUAUUCUUUUUUUUUUUUUGUCAUUAGUAAGGUAAGCCUUUUAGCUGAAAAACCAUCCAAGACCUUACUCUUGAAACCUCCUAAUGGCAUUUGAGGAGACAGAAUUUCCCUACCAGCUUCAUAAGACCCCCAAAGCAGGGCCCUGCAGAUAUAUCACCUCUUGAUGCUUGAAAUUCCAUCAUUACCAUUCCACCCCAUUGGCUGAAUUUUGCCUUGUCCUCUGGUCCUCUAUAAAAAGGUGACUCCACCCCAGAGGGAAGGACCUGUUGAGUCACAGUACCAAGGUGUGUGGGAGUAGUCAGCUGUUCUGCCUCACCUGAGGACUGACAUUGAGAGCACCCAGUAGAAGGAUGAACCAAGAAAGGGCACAAAAAAGAGAAUGUUGGAGAGGCCAAUGACAAACUUGACCUUCCUCAUUUCACCUAGAACCAACCAUUCUCUUUUAGCUCGUGGACGUGAAAGCACCUCAGAACCAGCUAAGAGCCCUCUGCCUUUGUGGGCAGUGUGGAGAUACCCCCAUUUUACAGCUUAGGGAAGAAAGCAAGGCCUUGCGAUAUGCUGUGACUUGCCUAAGAUUUAACAAAUGUCUGAGAGUGGGGGUUGGUCAGGCUCGUCAAGUCACUUAUUUGCAAGGAUGCCAGGCUGCUCAGCAGGGUACAAGACAUCCCACUUCUGCCCCCAGAUACUCCAGACCUUAAAGGUAGUGGGCUCCUGGGCAAAGGGUCACGUUCUCUGCCGUGACUACCAGAUGAAAGAGAAAAUCUGAGUAGACAGAUCUGUUGCCUGAUACACAUAACACCAGUCAGACCAUGUGGCUUUUCCUCUGAAUGGACUAACUUCAUUUUUCUUUCCUGAAAAAUGGGCCUGCCUUUUACUGAAUUACCUGAAGGCAGAGCUGUAGCUGUUUUCUUUAAGCACCUGUUUUUCCUUUGGGAAAAGGCUGAUGAGUUUACAUUUAGAGAAGCUCACACCUCGCUCAUCCAGCCCCAAAUCUGAGCCUUGAUGCAGAACCAAAUGGAAAAAUACUUUCCUGACACCCCCCCCCCCCCCACUUCCUCACCCGGCACUCUGCAUGUCUCCGUCCCUCCACAGGCACCAGGCCCGUCCACGGGCGCUGGGCAUCAGCUCUCUUCCUGACUCCUGCCUGUGUUAGUCCACUAGAUAUUGCUGUAUUUGCUUAAAUGCUGGGAAGUAACUGUUAAAAUGUGAAAUUGUAAUAUUUAAAAGGUGACAAUUAAAUUAUAGCCAAUGCCACUCACCAAAUCUUUGCACCUAGUAGAUAGUUCAAUGUAAACAAAUACCAGAAACCUAACUGUACAGUGAGUGUGGGGGAAAUGUAGUAACCUAGUUAGUAGUCCUCAAUAUAACCAAUUGUACAAGGGGAAGUGGUGUUUACCUACUUGUUCAUCACCAUUGCUGGAAGCUGUACUGAUCAGUUUGUUGAUAACGGGCUUUUUUUUUUUUUUUGGCUUCACAGAAUUUCUUUUCUUAACCUUCAACUUACCCUGAAGUCAAGCCUUUUGUCUUUAUGUGUAACCGAUGUUCAGUCUAUUCUAGGAAUGAACCAGCAAGACGUUCAUUUAAAACUGACCAAAGACAAUUCCUUCCUGGUCGAGUUUCCCGGGCCCCGGGGCCCAGCCGCCGCUAAAGACCUUCCUCGGAUCAAAUUGAGAACAAGCCGUGCUUCCAAUGCCACUCUCCUUCUCUCCCUUUAUUUCCCUGUCCUCUUAAAGAGCUGCUCUGAGCUGUGGGAUUCUAUGAAAAAUACUUGCCUUUCCUUGUUUUCAGUGCUAACGAUUUCUCACCUUGAAGCGCCUUUGAACCCGGACAGAGCGCACAAUGGGAGGGACUCGUAUGCUUGGGCAUUAGUCUUGGGAGUCUGACCUCUGAGGUCACCAGGCCAAUGGGCAAGAGAGAAGUGGAUUCCCAAGGGAUAAACAGUGUCUGUCACGUGACGAAAUCCGAGUGAGAAGAGACACAGGGAAAUGGAGCCAUCCUCUGGCCACCAGCUGGAACCAGCAGUUCAGAGAUCUGCCUUAUAAACCCUUCAGAACUGGUUUGUGGUACAGAGGGGGCCACUGUGGGGAAGGGCCUCAACAUGGGCUGGCUUCUCUGUUAGAGGCCCUUGGAGUGCCUUGUCGCUUAUAUUUCCUUCUUGUUCAGGAGGCACAGGUGCAGCGGGCUUCCUGUGACCUGGUCGUUACUCGGCACUCGGUGCCCACACGGCUGAUGGAAAACCACAAAGACUAAUGCACUGGUUCUUCCUCUCAGUCUUUCUAUUCCUAACUUUUCACAUAUCCAGAUGGUUCCACACUAGAGCAAAUGCCUCAUUCUCCUGAGAAACCCAGAAAGAAGAAUGGCCGGCUCACAACCACGACGGGGGACCCUGUUUGGCUUCAGGAUGGCGGGGAGGAGAAGGCAGGAAGGGGCGAGCCGAGGUGUUGCUUAGCUGAUUUUCUGCUAUGCAGAGCUAAUGCUGACGUUUCAUGUCAACUUCCCCGGUUCUCUGGGGUCUCCUCUCUCCUGAGCAGCCGUGUAGAGAAUUCCCCACAUACCCAAAGCUGCCUAGGGGAGCUGAGAGAAGGGACUUGGCUAUCAGGUCUGAGUGCCCCUGGCCUCUCUGAGGUUGAUCUGCCAGUGUCCCGCUGUCCUGCCCUCUGGGACCGGCCGAAUGGCCAACACUGCCCCUUGCUGACACCUCCUUUCUGUGUGAACUGUCCCAAGCAACUAACAAAGCUGUUUCUGGAACCGGAACAACCAGAGCGCACUUUGCCUUCCUUAGGUGGAAGAUUCUGCUAGAGUUCCUGCUCAGGCUCUAGUUCCCGGCAGUGUGACUGUUUACACGGUUUGGCAAUAGGUUUGGUUCUGAUUGCUUCAGAGUGGCUGGUCUAUUUUGUUUCCUUUGGUUUCCUUCCUUCCCAAACUGUGUCAGGAAAAAAACAAAACAAACAAAAAAAUGAAAUCACCCUUGGAAAUUGCUGGUUGCCUGUCCCCACGUGGUGCGAAGUGCUGCCCUCUCCCGGAUGUCGUUUCUCCACCUUACUACCAAACGCCCGUCCCGUGGAGUGUCUGACUGGAUCCUCUGUCGCAUAUUCUGAUGGUGCCUGCUGGUUUGAUGUGGAGCUAUCCUGUGAAA